CCCCUCGAAAGGCUUUUUUUUAAGUUGAAAAAUCAUAAACCCUUUUGAUUUAUGAUUUUGCAAUGUAUAAAAAAGCCUUUCGAGGGUUGAUGAGCUAAAACGGUAUUUUAAGUCCAAAAAUGGUAUAUGAAAGAGUUUAUAAUGCUGAUGAAUCCUUUGAGAGGGUGUAUUAUGCUACACUUAUUUUUUUACUGUGCUCUUCUUCUGUCGCAACCGAACGGCUUUAUAUAUCGAACGAUAACGGUAAGAAAAACAUAAUCGCUAGAAAAUUUUGAGAAGAAGAAAGAAUAGGAAUAAUCCAACAAAUGACAUUCUGACGAAAGGAAAGAGAUUAUUCAUCACAACAAUACGAUAGAUGAGUAAGAAAAAAACCCAUAAAACAUGUCCAUAAAACAUGACUAAUAAUACAGAGCGAAAGAAUAUUACAUGUAAUCACGUAAAUGUUGCAGUUGAGUUCAGGAUUUAGUUGAGUUUCGAACCGCGAUCCCAGGUCGAACAAAACGGUCCGUAAACGGCAGUAUACGAUGAAAAAACGUUGUAUUUACGGUGUAUCGUUCGAUUAUCGUACACGAACUCACGUAAGUCGUAAACCGACGUUCGUGUACGGUAAUCGAACGAUUAGACCAUCUCGAAAUACAAUUCAAAGCGCUCUGUUGUGAGAAGAAAUGAGAAUUAUAAUGAGUUCAUAGCCACAUUCGAUUUUAAGUUAAGACGAAACAUCAUAGACAUACUGAUCAGUGAGAAGCCUUUCGUCUUAGCUCACUACUAGACUGUCCUACUUUAUUAUGAACUGUUUCAGACCGAAAGAUCAGAUUCAACUACCAGACUGGCUCAUGGAGCAAUUAAGCACAAAAAGUAAGAUUGGUGACGGUCCCUGUUCGUCUGCAUCCAUUCCAUGUUUAGAUCUUCUUGAAUUGAUCGCUGAGAAAGACGCAACAUUUUCGACGACUUAUCCUCAUCUUCACAGUCAUCUCACGACGAUCGUAUCUGAUCAAGAAUUAAUGUUAAAACUCCAACCUAUGAUCACAAACUCCAGACAAUGGAAACAAGAUUUGGCUUUGUGGUGUUUGAUCGACAAUUGUAACGAUGACUGUAUCACAUACUUACAUACGAAUAAGCUGCAGACUAAAUUACGCAGCAUCUGUCAAAGACAACAGCAAUACAACACGAUGGAUCUCGUUGAUCGAUUGAUCUUCGUACAAGAUCGUCAUUCUGAACUUUGUUCUAUUCGUCAGUUGCUUGACUUUCUUACUUAUUUGCAAAGUGGGUCAUCCACUCUCGCACUUUUUCUUAAACGAUGUCAAGAUGCAUCAUGGACGUUUUCAAUGAUUGUGAACGAAUUGCAAGAUUCCUGGAUAACAACAAUGAUUCCGGCAUCGAAAGAUAAUCGUGUCAUGACAAAAUUAAAGAAGAAUCACGAUCACCCCAAACAUUUCCUUCAAUGUAACAUUGAAAUCGUCCAAGAUUUCGUUCGUUCGAUUCCACAGCGGUACGAAAUCGAGCAACUUUGCCAAUUGUUCGAUUACUUCAUCGACGAAAUGAAUUAUCUCGACGUUGGAGCAUUAGAAUCGUUUCUUAGCGAUCAUGCUGGCAAAUCACUGGAGAAGUGCGUUGAGCAACUAUUUAUCUCAAUAUCACUACAACUCGUGCACAACAAAAUUCACGGUGCUGCCUUUCCAGCCAGUAUACGGUCCAACAUGCGUUAUUGCAUUCAGAAAAUGUUAUCACUCUCGUGGUCAUUGAAUGAGAUGUGCGGUUUACUGAAUGCAGUGCACGAUGCAAAUGAUCUCACGCCGAUGAAUAGUGUACUGAACAUCAUCGUUUAUUAUGAACUUCGUUAUGAUCGAACUGUUUUUAAUUUCGUCGAUCGGUCUUGCCGGUCUUCGAAAUGGUCUCGGAGAGUACAUGAACACGCAAUACGAAUGUCGUUUUCCGCGGGUAGCAGAGAGCUCGAGCUCAACGAAGUUAUUGAUACCAUUGUCAACGAAACUUAUUCGAAUGGUCAACAGCAAAAAACGAAACGACAACAGCUAUCACAAGAUUAUUUUAAAUUAUCGAGGAAUCUGGAUGGUUUCCAGUCGAUGAAUCGAGAAGAAUUGAAAGCUCAAUUAGAGUUUAUUCAAACGAGAGACCUUUACAAUCAAAUAGCAUUUGUCAUUCGUGCUUCUGAUCUUCACUUCGGUCAUGAAACACGUAUUGUACAAAAACUAUCGAUCUUAUUAGCUUUAGACCCAUCGACGACCACGGCAGGAAUUCUGCAGAUCAAUACGGGCGAAGGCAAAACGCGUAUUGUCGCCAUUCUAGCAGUGAUUAAAUGUUUACAAGGAGUCAAAGUCGACGUGAUUACCAGUUCCACAGAACUGGCUCAACUCCAAGCGACUGAACUGGAAUAUUUCUACAAUUUUUUCAAUCUAAAAGUCGGGUGUAAUGCUCACAUGUCUCCACUCAAUAACACCUACGGUCGACGACGUCGAAAUGGUGAUUUGCCCGACGUAAUCUUUGCCAAAUUAGGUCGUUUCCAACCGGUGUAUGAAUGUGAUGUUAUCUAUGGAUCGGCAGAUGAUUUUGAAGGUGAUAUUUUACGAGAUGAAUUCCUCAAAAGUGGAGUCCGUUGUGAUCGACGAUGUGAAUUCGCUCUCGUCGAUGAAGUCGAUAACAUGAUGAUCGAUGGUCGACAACGCAUCCUACGUCUGACUAGUUCCGUUCCUUCGGUGUUUCAUCUGCUACCCAUUAAAGCCGUUAUCUGGAGUCAAAUCUUAAACGUGGCAAAGAUGGUAGUGAAAAAAGAUGAUAAAUGGUACAAGUUAUGCGACGAUCAAGAAGAUAAUAAAGUGCCCGAACUACUCAACGAAUCGAUAUAUGACUUCUCCGUGAAAUUGAUUUUACCACUGCUCGACGAUUAUAUUCAUUUGCAGGAAACUAAACCGGACACAUCCGCAACGAAAUUAAUCAUUCCGAAAUAUUUACAUGCAUUUACGUUAAAGAAACGGACACUUUGGAUACGAAAUGCUGUGUAUGCCAAAUUUGAAAUGCAAGAAGGUCGUGAAUACUUAUUGAAAGACAAUAAAAUUAUCUAUGUUGAUGUAAACAAUACUGGUGUUCUUCACGACAAUAUGCGCUGGUCAGACGGAUUGCAUUGCUUUCUUGAAAUGAAACAUGGCUGUUCCCUAGAACCUGAACAUAUCACCACGAACUUUAUUUCUCACGUCACUUUUUUCUGCCGAUAUUCAAAGAAUCUGAUCGGACUUACCGGUACAGUCGGUGGCGAAGCCACGAAACGGGUCUUUCAUAAAGUUUAUUCUGCUGAGUGCAUCAUUAUUCCACCAUUUCUUGAACGUAGACAUCUUGAAUUACAACCACGAUUUCUAUCAGAAGAAUCCGAUUGGUUCCAGUGCAUCGUCAACAGUUGCGUAGAGAAACUGCAACAGAAACGUGCUGUAUUGGUCAUUACGAAAUACAUCGAACAAGCUCGAACUAUUGCUAGUCUUCUUUCUGCCAACAAUCCUAGUCGAGUGAAAAUGUACACUGAAAAUGAUGAGAAAAAAGUCGCUCGAGAGACACUGGAAGCUGGCUAUGCUCUUGUGGCAACGAAUAUCGCUGGUCGUGGAACAGAUCUUCUCGUUAGCGACGAAGUCGAACAGAAUGGUGGUCUCCACGUGUGUAUUACUUUUCUGCCCGAUAAUGAUCGAGUGGAACGACAAAAUCUAGGACGAACGUCUCGUUGUGGCAACAAAGGAACGAGUCAGUUCGUAAUUCAUCUAUCUGACCCACCUGAAAACAUCUUGACUGAAGAAGACCUGCUGCGAUCAAUGCGUGAACAUCGGAAUCGAAUCGAAUUGACGCAUAUGGAAGGUGCCAUCGUAGAUGCGAAGAAGACGAUUGAGAAAGAUCAGAUCUUUCAACGAUUCAGUGCUGCACAAGAUGAUAUCGUGACAUGUUUCUCUGCCAAUGUCCAAGACAUUGCCCGAGAUGCAUUACAAGAAAAGUUUGGUUUCUGGUUGAUUAAGUCUGGCUCUGAAACGGAUGGUGCAUUACAACAAUCCUUCAAUGUAUUUCUAUCUAAAUGCCAAGAUGACACUAAAAAUUCAUUAAUCGAAAAUCCGAUCUAUUAUGUGAAAAUGGCUAAUGUACUUCUUAAAAAAAACACAGAUCUCGAUGAUGCAAUUCAGUAUUUGCACAGAGCGAUUAAAAUGGAUCCUUAUUGUGCUGCCAGUGCUUAUUUCAGUCGUGGUUAUGCACGCACAUUGAAAUACAAGGAAACCCGUGAAGUGUAUCAAUUGGAAAAUGCCAUUAGCAAUUUCGAACAAGCCAGACGAAUUAUCAAAGAUAUCUUCGAUCCGGGUCUGAUGUUAUUUCCUGUGGCAAGCGAAAAAUCACCGUUGUAUGAAUAUAUCGUCCACUUGAAGACUCUUUAUGGCACUUUAACGAAUUCAAUCAAUGCGGCCGUCGGACGACCUGUCGAGGAAGAAAUCGAUGAUUUGAAGAAACAGUUGGCGAACACAAAAAUCGACGCGGAUGAACGCCAGGAACUCCAGCAAUAUCUUCAACAUCUCACGGAUCAUCGUAGUGAAAUUGAAGCUGUAUUUUACGAAAGAUCGCUCGAAAUAAGACGGAAAUUAAAAUUCAGUACAAGACACUGA